GCGGCUGGCCGGCUGCGCUGCGCGGGGCUGGGCUCAGCGGCCGCCGCCGCCGCAUCCAGGAGAACUUGCCGCGGGGCGGGUGGAGGGGCCGGGCUCCUGGGAGCCAGAGCCCGGACACUUAGGUCUAGGACCCUCUCCCAGUUCCAGGAAAUAUGUACCAAGGAAAUAAAAGGUCCUCACACCCAAACAGAGUCCCCGCUGUAGAGAAGAGAUAAACCCUGUCAGUCACAAGGCCCAAGACUCUCCUGGGACUCAGGGAGCCCACGGUCUGUCUAACAGGUGAGGAGGGUUUCCCCUCAGCCUCCUUGAUCUGUGCAUGCUCAGGACUGGCAUCUUCUCUCCCACCUGCCCAGUGGAGCCUGUGGAGUCAGGUGUACUGCACUGCUAGGUCGGCAAUGGAAAUUCCACCAGACAGGAUGAGGGGAGUCUGUGUUACCUCCUUCAAGUGCGGAUGCCACACCAUCUCCCUUGCCAGUCUCGCGAGUCAGCAGCCAGCCUGCAGCAUUCGCCAUGGUUUUUGGUGAGUUUUUCCACAGCCCCGGACAAGACGAGGAACUGGUUAAGCUGAAUGUUGGGGGUUUCAGGCAGACUGUUGGCCAGAGCACCCUCCUCCGCUUCCCUCACACCAGACUGGGGCGCUUACUCACCUGCCACUCGGAAGAAGCCAUCCUGGAGCUCUGCGAUGACUACAGUGUGGCUGAGAAGGAGUAUUACUUUGACCGAAACCCUUCCUUGUUCCGCUACGUCUUGAACUUUUACUAUACGGGCAAGCUCCAUGUCAUGGAAGAGCUCUGUGUGUUCUCCUUCUGCCAGGAGAUUGAGUACUGGGGCAUCAAUGAGCUCUUCAUUGACUCCUGCUGCAGUAACCGGUACCAAGAACGAAAAGAAGAUAAUCCCAAUAAGGACUGGGACCAGAAAAGCAAUGAAGCGAGUACAGACUCUUCCUUUGAAGAGUCAUCCAUCUUUGAGAAAGAGCUGGAGAAGUUUGACAAGAUGCGCUUUGGCAACCUCAGGAAGAAGAUCUGGAUCAGGAUGGAAAACCCUGCCUCUUGUUUGUCGGCCAAGCUCAUAGCCAUCUCCUCCUUAAGCGUUGUGUUGGCAUCCAUUGUAGCGAUGUGUGUCCACAGCAUGGCAGAGUUCCAGAAGACUGAGGACGGGAUAGAAAACCCUGUUUUGGAAGCAGUGGAAAUCACGUGCAUCAUCUGGUUCACCAGUGAGUUAGCCAUAAGGCUUUUAGCCGCCCCUUGCCAAAAGAAGUUCUGGAAGAGUCCCCUAAACAUCAUUGACUUUGUCUCCAUCAUCCCCUUCUAUGCCACAUUGGCUGUGGACACCAAAGAUGAGGAAAGUGAAGAUAUUGAGAAUGUGGGCAAGGUGGUUCAGAUCCUGAGGCUCAUGAGAAUAUUUCGCAUCCUGAAGCUGGCCCGGCAUUCGGUUGGGCUGCGGUCACUCGGUGCCACCUUGAGACACAGCUAUCAUGAAGUUGGGCUGCUCCUCCUCUUCCUGUCAGUGGGAAUCUCCAUAUUUUCUGUGCUUGUCUACUCUGUAGAAAAAGAUGAUGCUCAGUCAGGCCUUACCAGCAUCCCCAUCUGCUGGUGGUGGGCUACCAUUAGCAUGACCACCGUGGGCUAUGGAGACACCUACCCUGUCACGUUGGCGGGAAAACUCCUUGGGAGCACCUGCAUCCUCUGUGGCAUCCUGGUGGUGGCCCUUCCCAUCACAAUCAUUUUCAACAAGUUCUCCAAGUAUUAUCAGAAACAGAAGGAUGUCGAUGUGGACCAUGGCAGUGAUGAGCCGCCCGAGGCAUGCAAUGAGCUGCCGUACUUCAACAUUAGGGAUAUUUAUGCUAAACGAGUACAUUCCUUUAUUUCUAGCCUUUCUUCUGCAGGGAUUGUGGUAAGUGAGCAAGACUCCACAGAUGCAUCUAGUAUUGACGAGGCUGAAGACAUUUAUGACACUGUGUCCUUAGAGAAUGACCCAGUGAAGUGAUGCAUUCUGGAGACCAGCUACUUAUGGAGGACUGGGGAGGCUUGGUCUGACUUUUGGCUCUGCCACUUGUUAUCUGUGUGACCUUGUGCAAAUCAUUUGCUCUCUAUGAGCCUCAGUUUCCCUCUAUCAAAGUGGGAUGUUUAGGUUCAGUAUCCAAGAUCCCUUCCUGCUUUGACAUCUUGGGACCUCUAGGACUCUGGUGAGUGGCUUGCAUGUUGGUUUUGUUGGGGUCUUGCUACCAUUCUUCCAACGUUUAGCCACUCUAACCUUCUAGCCUUUGGCACAUUGGUUCAGAUCACUAAUUCUCAGGGUGAACCUUUUGGCCAUGGUUAGACAAUCAUUGCUCGGAAUUCAUAGCUCAGGCUUUAUUUUUUUCUCAAGGAGGCUGAAGAAGAUGCCUGAUUCAGCGAUUUAUUUUUUACAUAGUGUCCAAGAUGCAGUUUGAGACAAGACAGGAAGCAGUUCUAAAUGCUGCGCUGAUAUCCGUGAUCAGCAUGCGGGGUAUGUCCUUCCUCGUGGGCUUGGAAUUAACCACAGUCCUGAUGGUGGGAAACUGUGGUGUGUGGCAUGGGAUGCAGACAAUGAAAGAGUCCACACGCAUGUAAAAGCCAUGAAGUGAGAACAGCGCAUGUGCAUUCACACUCACACACUAAACAUGGAAAUUAAGAGCCCAAUAAACAUGCUA